UUGAAGCAAAGCCCGUAUCAUAAAGAGGUUACGCACAAACUUAAGAGCGUAUAUGGCCUCCAGGGUUUCCGACAGAAUCAGCUAGCAGCAGUAAUCGCUGCUAUGGAAGGCAGGGACGUCUUUGUACUCAUGCCAACUGGUGGAGGAAAAAGCUUAUGCUAUCAACUACCUGCUGUCUGUUCAGGUGGCCGAACUAAAGGUGUCACCUUCGUUGUGUCACCUCUCAGGUCUCUCAUGCAGAAUCAAGUUGACGCUUUGAAAGAGAAGGGUGUCGACGUGUUGCGGUGGAGCCCCGGGUCCAGUGAUACCAAGGAUAUUUUUCAGCGCCUUAGAGGGGCGGUGAAGCCAAACCUCGUGUAUAUAACACCAGAGAAGCUGAAGGAAAGUGGCUCCGUACAAACUAUCUUAUCGGACCUAUACGACCGUGGACAGCUUGCACGGUUUGUGAUCGAUGAAGCUCAUUGCAUCACAACGUGGGGUAAAGACUUCCGAGCAGCGUAUGAAUCAUUGGGCUCACUCCGUCGCAACUACCCAAACGUUCCCAUAAUGGCUUUGACGGCCACUGCCAAUCAGAAGAUGAUCGACGAUAUCUUAGCCAAAUUACAGCUCAAAGACACAGCUCUGUUCUCUCAAUCCUUCAAUCGUACAAACCUCAACUACGUAAUUACACCCAAGAAGAAGAACAUGAUCAACGAAAUCUACAGAUAUGUACAGGAGAAUCAUCGUGGUCAAACCGGCAUAAUCUAUUGUCUUUCCAGAGAUAAGUGCGAAAAGAUUGCUAGGGAGCUUCAGAAGAAAGGGCUAAGUGCACAACACUAUCAUGCGAAGAUGGACGAGUCAGAUAAGGAAAGAAUACAAGUUGGGUGGCAAACGGGUCGAUGCCACAUCAUUGUUGCAACGAUCGCCUUUGGAAUGGGCAUCGAUAAACCCGACGGCAAGCACAUCCGGUUCGUCAUCCAUCAUGAUAUGCCUACGAGUCUCGACGGAUACUAUCAACAAACUGGACGUGCAGGUCGCGAUGGUUUGCCUGCAGAUUGUAUACUGUAUUAUUCGUAUGGCGACUUCCACAACGCAAAGACGAUGAUCACCAAGAACUGCGAAGAACGAGGCUCUACCCGUGAGCAAAUAGAAAAUGCCAUCCAGGAAGUGAGAGAGGUCAUGCAAUAUUGCGAAAACGAUUCUGAAUGUCGGCGCGUCCAUCUUCUUCAAUUUUUCGGGGAGAAAUUUGACGUUAAAAACUGUCGGCGUCGAUGCAAUAACUGCGCCAACCGGGAGGCCAUGGAAUCAUACAACAUGACGAAAGAGGCUCACGAUGCAAUCGAGCUUGUCAGGUCUCUUGAAAACGAC